AUGAUGCGAAGGCAAGACCAGCAAGACCAGCAAUCGAGGGUUUUCUACGAGCUAUCGGCUCUGGUUCUCAACCUCCUCCGAUCUCCUCCCACGCCGAUUCAGUUCUCCGAUCACUCACCGGUGGUGCCCUCAUCUCCGUCUUCGUCGAGGCGGCCGCCGCCCGCGGCGACGCAGAUUUCGCCGGCGGGGUUCGCCUCGCUGAUGCUGGGGAUUUCGAUGGCUCUGAUGCUCUGUGGAUCGGUGACUUUCUUCAUUGGUUUCAUAUUGAUGCCUUGGGUUCUCGGAUUGGUUAUGGUCUUCUACGUGGCUGGAAUCGUCUCCAGCCUCUCUGUUUUGGGAAAGUCGAUUCUUUGUUACGCGUCGGCUCCGUCAUCACCGCGAAAGGAGAUGCCUGGUAGAGAUUAUAGCUUUUGCUUUUAA